CAACCUUUCCUAAAAUGACAAGCAACCAAUCCCAAAACGCAGCUAUCAACGAGGCAACGCCAUAAACGCCACUCCAUCAAUUUAAUGGGAGAGAUGUCAAAGUGGUUUCAUCGACUGCAGGGGUGACACUGCAAAUGCACCUCUCUUUCCAUAAAUGGAAGAAAAAAACAGAGUUCCCCAGUAUAUGUACAUAAAACAACAGAACAGAAACUUAGUAAUCCCAGUUCUAACAACUGUAGACUGGGCCACCGUUUGCUUUAUCCUGGUUUUGAUUGGUCAAUCAACUUGUUGAAACAGGUAUUUAGUUUUAUUAAAAAUACAGAAAAUCCCCAUAUUACUUUACAGUUGAAAGCUUGAGGUUGAUGAUCAUGGCAACAGAACCCCAUUUUUUCAAGAUAAUUCUUCAUAGAACUAUUCGUGAGGGGAAAUUUCAGAUUCCAGGGGAGUUUUUGAGGAAAUGCAAAGAAGGUCUGUCGAGUCCUGUAGUCCUGAAACUCCCUGACGGCGCUAUAUGGCAUUUGGAGUUGUUGGUAUGUGGUCAUGAAGUUUGGUUGGGAAAUGGUUGGCGAGAAUUUGCAGGGCAUUACUCUCUGGAUUUUGGCCACUUGAUUCUUUUCAAACACCUACGAGACUCCAUCUUCAACGUGGUCAUAUUUGGCAGAAGCGCUACAGAAAUACAGUACCCAUGUGGUAGAAUCUGUGCUGGAAAACGAAGAACCCAGAAGCCCAAAAGGGAAAAAAACGAUUAUAAUCAGCCACCAAGAAAGAAGAGAGGGAAGAGAUCACUAUUUCUACAGCUUCCUGAGGGAACAAGAACUGAUUCAGCAAUUUACCAAGGAGAAAAGCCUAUGCCAGUGAUGUACAAAAUGAGUGAUUUAGCGCUGGCUACUCUGUCAAGGCCAUUUUCAUGUAACUUUCAAGCUCUUCAAGCUGUUAACAGCUUCUCCUCAGAAUACCCAUCUUUCAAGAUUGUUGUGCGAUCAUAUAACUGGAAGCACUGCAAUGUGACAAUACCACGUCGUUUUUUCCGAAGAUAUAUUGAGCAUAGAGCAGAGCAUGCUAUGCUUCAGGUUGCGGACAGAAUGUAUCCUGUGCAGUUCAAACCUGCGACAAGCAGUGGCUCAAUUACACUAAGCAUUGGUUGGCGUGCCUUUGCAGCAGGAAAUUUUCUGGAAGGUGGAGAUGUUUGUAUCUUCGAGCUGAUCAAGAAUAAUAUUCUGAAAGUAACCAUUUUCAGAGAUGUAUAUCAAAAUGCGUAAAUGUUUUAUUCUUAAACCAGUUUGUAGCAGUCUCAUGUUGUCUGUGCCUGUGUCCUCUUGAAUAGAUCAGUAACUACAAAGACCUGAACUUAACAUUAUUAGUUGCAAACUUUGUUGACUUGUGCAUAAGAUGUUUGUC